AUUGGCUAUCGAAAAGAAACACCCUCUGUUUUUUUUUUAUUUUUUAUAAAGCGUUCAGUCGGACCGUGCUAACCAGUUAUGUAACGUGUGGCCCAUUAAAUUACGGUAGAUUUCGAUAAUUAUUACACAAGGCAAGGCCGUUCUCUGGUCUUGCUAGUAGGCUACAUACAGGCGAUACACUGAAGUUACAGUUCGCUGGUUAACGCAAGCUGUGCACAUUGAACUCAGUGACUCUUGGACGUCGUUUGAAAGUGCAGCUGUAUGUUCAGAAACGCUUGGGGACUAAUUUAGAGACGAUGCGUGUUGCAGUCAUCGGAGCCGGGGUCAUCGGCCUCUCCACGGCGCAGUGCAUCUACGAGCGCUACCAUUCGCUGGUGAAGCCGCUGACCAUCGAGGUGUACGCCGACCGCUUCACGCCCCUCACCACCAGCGACGGAGCGGCGGGCUUCUGGCAGCCGUACCUCCACGACAAGGGAAAAGCCCUGGAGACCAAAUGGAAUAAGGAGACAUUUGACUACCUGCUGAGCUUCCUCUCCUCUCCCGACUCCAUAAAAAUGGGAAUUUUUCUCCAGUCGGGCUACAACCUGUGUUCCGAGCCCGCCCCUGAUCCUUCGUUUAAGGACAUUGUGCUAGGUUUCAGGAAGCUGACCCCACGUGAACUGGAGUUGUUUCCAGGAUACAGCUAUGGAUGGUUCAACACGGCUCUCAUGGUUGAGGGAAAGACCUACCUACCGUGGCUGAUGGAUUGGUUAAAGGAGCGAGGCGUGAAGUUCUAUCAAAGGAAGGUAGAGUCUUUCAAAGAGCUGGCUGAAUCAGGACCGGACGUCAUCAUAAACUGCACAGGGGUGAGAUCGGGGGAGCUCCAGCCCGAUCCGGACCUCCAGCCGGGCCGUGGGCAGAUCAUAAAGGUGGACGCGCCCUGGCUGAAGCACUUCGUUCUCACGCACGACUUCAAAACCGGCGUCUACAACUCGCCCUACAUCAUACCCGGGAGUCGUUUGGUCACAGUAGGUGGAAUAUUUCAGCUGGGGAACUGGAGUGAAAUGAACAACUCAACUGACCACAAGAAAAUCUGGGACGAAGUUUGCAGUUUAGAGCCUAGUCUCAAGCACGCCAGAGUGGUGGAGGACUGGUCGGGACUGAGGCCCGUACGCAGCAAAGUGCGCCUGGAGAGGGAGACCUUGGCCUUCGGACCGUCCAACUGUGAGGUGAUCCACAACUACGGCCACGGGGGCUUCGGGCUGACCAUCCACCGGGGGUGCGCCCUGGAGGCCGCCCGGCUCUUCGGCGAGGUCCUGGAGAAGAAGGGCUGGACCGCGCAGUCCCGCCUGUGAAGGCCCGGGGGGGCGGGGGCGGGGGGCGGGGGGGACUUACCUGUGCGUGCACCGGUCACGCCUUCCGCCUCGCCCCACGCUAGGUAGCCUGACCGGAUUCCCCCGGGUCCGAGGACCGUGUGCGUAAUGCUGCAAUAAUAAUCGACGGCUAACGGCUAGCGCAGUCAAAAUGGCCGCUGAAAUAUGAUACUUAUGACUGAAAAUAUAGCACAAAUCAAGAUUUUAAGCAUAUCCAUAUCCAUAAAAAUGUACACCAUUCUUUGCUUCGGCGCUGGAGCUGUAGGUGAAAUUCAAGUGUGAGGAGAAGGAAAAGACGUUGGGACGCGUGGAAAUAGGGGCUGAAAUUCUGGGCCGUCCCGGGACGUCUGGUCACCGAAAAUCUUAGGCCGGUAACAUUACCGGGACGAUACAAAUCGUUUCUUCUUACAUUAACAGUACACUUGUUGAUUAUGAAUAGAUUAUAAAAGAAUGGCGUUCUGUAACUCCUUGGUGAUGUUACUCUCUUGUAUGAGACCAGCACUGACCUUCUCCACCUCCAAGUCCCUCUGGAUAAGAGUGUCUGCUAAGUGAUUGUAAUGUCGUAAAUGUUGUUAUAUGUCCUAUAGUGAAAGUAUAAUGAAAAUAAUAUUUUCUUAACAGCUACAUGUAUAUUUAAUUUAUAUUGAGAUUUGAAAGCCUUAUAGAGCAAUAAAUAAUCUCGGCCUUCCCAGUCCAAUGUUGAUUCUUUAAUUUUUUUUUUUUUUUGUUUUAAACAUAAUUCAUUGUAUCAUACACAUUUACAUCAAGUGCAUUGGCAAGAAUCUGUGUACAGACACUUAAUGCGGCACUAAAUUUGCAAAGGCAGGCAUGUAGGAGACGGCUUGUACAACAAGUGCAGGGUUUUUCCACAUCACCGUUUUUGACUCAGUACUGGGGGAAGGGGACAAAAGCCCUCCUGGAAAAAAAAAAAAAACAGAACGAAAAAAACAAAAAAGACAACAACCAAA